AUGCCCCGGCAGGCCAACUUUCGGGCCACGUACUACAAGAGCCUCGGUGUGCAGGGGAAGGAGGUCGAGGCGACGUUCGCAUCGCUCCUCGGCGAGGCGCAGCCCAGCAUCAGCCUCGUCGAGAACCUCUCGCAGCUCAUCCACAUGACGCUCGAGUUUGGCGUGCCGGCGACGUACCGGCCCACGAUGUGGUGCUUGGUGGGCGGCGUGCUUCCGCUCGUGCGCGACGUCGACGCCGACACGUGGAGCUUUGUGCGAAGAGAGAAGCGCGUGAUGUUUGCCGACGUGCAGAUGGCGCUCCGCGUGCUCAGCGGCGCGACGGACCUUCCUGCGCUCGUGGCCUUUUACAUGGCGCACGUUCGCCCGCAUUUGGCGGAUUCGACCCCGCUGAGCUGGGUCAUGGACGACCAGCAGGUGACGACCGGCGUCUUGCAUGCGAUCGGCCAGGUGCUCGACGACCCGAUGGAGCAGUUUUGGUGCGCCAUCACGUUCCUCGAGCUCAUCGACCGAGGUCUCGCGGACCUUCGACCGGUGAUUGAUGUGGCCGAGCUGUACCACAUUUCGCCGUUGGGCCUCGAGACCAUUGUGUUUCGCAUCUGCGCUACCAAGCCCGACAAAGUCGAAAACUCAUAACUUAUCGCGAAUACCACCACACGCAAGUCCGUUCUAAACCA